UGCCCAGGGGACAGACGGCAGUCCUUCCUCCUGCUGCCGCCAGUCGUCCACCAGCCCAGGUGCCAGUCCUGCCCCCACCAUGGGGCUGACUCAGAAGGAGCGGGUCUUCACGGUCCUGCUGGGGUUCGCAGCCGUCUCUGGCCUUGUCACGCUCAUUCUCAUCCUGGUGGAGGCCACCAACGUCCUCCUGCCCGCAGACACCAAGUUCGGGAUCGUGGUUGACGCCGGGUCCUCCCACACGUCCCUCUUUGUGUAUCAGUGGCCAGCAGACAAGGAGAAUGACACAGGCGUGGUCAGCCAGGCCCUGGCCUGCCAGGUGGAAGGGCCUGGAAUCUCCUCCUACACCUCUGACCCUGAACAGGCUGGCGAGAGUCUGCAGGGCUGCCUGGAGGAGGCGCUGGCCCUGAUCCCAGAGGCCCAGCACCAGGAAACGCCCAUGUUCCUGGGGGCCACGGCGGGCAUGAGGCUGCUCAGCCAGAAGAACAGCUCUCAGGCAGAGGACAUCUUUGCAGCGGUCAGCCGCGUCCUGGGCCAGUCUCCCUUGGACUUCUGGGGUGCUGAGCUCCUGGGUGGGCAGGACGAAGGUGCCUUUGGUUGGAUCACCAUCAACUACAUCCUGGGCAAGCUGGUCAAGUACUCCUUCUCCGGAGAAUGGAUCCCGCCUCUGGACGGGACGUUGGUGGGCGCCCUGGACAUGGGUGGGGCCUCCACGCAGAUCACUUUUGUGCCCGGGGUCCCCAUACUGGACAAGAGCACCCAGGCCACCUUCCGCCUGUACGGCUCCGACCACAGCGUCUACACCCACAGCUACCUCUGCUUCGGGCGUGACCAGGUGCUCAGCAGGCUCCUGGCAGGGCUGGUGCAGAGCAGCCAGGGCCCCCUGGUCCGCCACCCUUGCUACCACAGCAGCUACCGGGACACGCUGCCCUUGGCCCCCCUGUACGAGUCGCCCUGUGUCCACGCUGCGGCGCCCGCAGACCUGGCCCAGAACAUCACGGUGGAGGGGAUGGGGAACCCCGGGGCCUGCGUCUCGGCCAUCCGGGGUCUCUUCAACUUCUCCAGCUGCAGCGGCCGAGGCGACUGUGCCUUCAAUGGGGUCUACCAGCCCCCCGUGCGGGGCCAGUUCUACGCCUUCUCCAACUACUAUCACACCUUCCACUUCCUGAACCUCACCUCUGGGCAGCCGCUGGCCACUGUCAAUGCCACCAUCUGGGACUUCUGCCAGAGGCCCUGGAAGCUGGUGGAGGCGAGCUCGCCGGGGCAGGACCGCUGGCUGCGGGACUACUGUGCCUCCGGCCUGUACAUCCUCACCCUCCUGCUGGAGGGCUACGGUUUCCGGGAGGAGACCUGGCCCAGCAUCAAGUUCCGCAAGCAGGCCAGCGGCAUGGACAUCGGCUGGACGCUGGGCUACAUGCUGAACCUGACCAACAUGACCCCGGCCGAGGCCCCGGCCCAGUGGCGGGCACAGAGCUACGGUGUCUGGGCGGCCGGGUUGGUCUUCAUGGUGCUGACCCUCGCGGCCAUCCUGGGGGCUGCUGCGCUGCAGCUCUUCUGGCUGCAGGACUGAGCCUGGCGCCGCCCCAGCCUCCCUGAGCCCUGACCCCUGGGGCCUUGAGGUCCCAGCACCCCCAGGACCCCACUCCAGCAUGCCUCCCAGGGCAGCAAGUGCCCUUCUUGGGACCCUGCAGCCUUCCAGGGCCCAGGUGGAGACCGGAGUGGGGAGUGACUGCUGGAGACAGAAGGGGCCUGGCUCUUUGGGGGUUGUUG